UCGGCAGACACGACCGUGUGGAUACUCCACGUUAUUUAUAGGUUGGAAUUUUGCGGGCGGACUUUUUCUCGCGAUCAACUGACAGGUCGAAGUGAAUUUCGGUACCGUGAAUUAUUUCGAGCGGUGUGAGUUUCUGUGGUUUAAAGGUGACAAGUUUUGACUUAUAACGCUAGCUGCAUCCUUGAUUUAAGGUCGACGUCGACGUCCAAACAAUCGUCGCAAUCAACCAGCACGAUCAUCAAUAACCCUUCGAUGAGCAAGAUCCGAUCUCUUACUACUCACGAGUACAACGCCGCCUGAUAACUGCAACACACAGAGGGACAAUUGCAGCAGGCCGGGGUAGGUUGCAGUGCCGUGCCGUCCGUUUGUUCCACUACGCCGUGACAGGUCUGCCCGUUCGCGUGUUCGAAAAUGCUGCGAGAUACCAGAAAUCACGUUUGCAACGUCACGUUCUCCGACAUUUGAUGAGGACCGUGAGAACUUUAUUCGAUUAUCGUAUCUCAAAUCGUGCCGAGGAGUUUUCCGAGCAGCAUGUUCGCAUGGUGAUCUCUUUCCGAGGGCGAUGAAUAGCAACUCUAACCUUUAAAAAUUUCGCAUCCGACUGACAGGUGCUCUCGACGACUCUGUGGUCCCGUUUCACCUUUCAUCCAACGACGUUGUUCUGUGCGUUAUGACCAUAGACUUUGUUCAUUAGUGCGGUUAAUUAUGUGGAGUGUCGAAAUGUUGGUGCUUUUCUUAGGAUAUUUAUUAUUGAUGCACGGAGCGGAUGCUGCAGCGCCGGGGGAGGUUGAGAAUGGUCAAUGUCGAACUGCUCUUGGAAUGGAAGAAGGAAAAAUUCCUGACCAUGCCAUCAGCGCCAGCUCGUCCUAUGAAGCAAAAAGUGUAGGACCCCAGAAUGCAAGGAUAAGACAAGAGAAAAAUGGCGGCGCUUGGUGUCCAAAAGCUCAGAUUAGUAGCGACAUCAAAGAGUACCUUGAGGUAGAUCUGACCAGAAACCACUUGAUCACUUGGACCGAAACACAGGGUAGAUUUGGUAAUGGGCAAGGCCAAGAAUUCGCUGAAGCUUUCUUGGUAGAAUAUUGGAGGCCUGCUCUUAGUCAAUGGAUUGUCUAUAAGGAUUCUAGAGGAGAAAAGGUUCUAACUGGAAACAGCAACACAUACCUUGUAGUCCGCCAGCGGCUGGAGUUACCAUUCGUUGCAACCAAAGUUCGUUUCAUCCCUUACAGCGAGCAUCCUAGGACUGUUUGCAUGAGGGUAGAAUUAUAUGGAUGUACCUGGGAACAAAGCGUUGUUAAGUACAGCGCACCCAAGGGUGAGAUAAGAGAUAAGAACAUAAACCUCGAGGACAUUAGUUACGAUGGUAUUAUCGAAGGUAACUACGUUAAAGAUGGCCUCGGUCAGCUGAUUGAUGGGCUUUAUGGAGACGAUGAUUAUCAGAAGCAACUGCAAGGUGAAAAUUCAGGCACGAGAUGGGUAGGAUGGAGUAAUGGAACCAGAGGUGGAGAACCUGUUGAUUUGACCUUCGAGUUCGAGAGUAUCAGAGAAUUCCAUGCCGUUCAUUUGCACUGUAACAAUAUGUUCACUAGAGGAGUACAGAUAUUCAAUCAGGCUGAGAUCCUCUUCAGCAUCGACGGUGAAAGAUACCAGGCCAGCACGGUGCAUGCGAUGAUUCCUGUCGACCUUACCAGGGAAUCUGCGAGGAAUAUAACGAUAAAACUCCAUGGGAAACCGGCCAAGUUCAUCAAGCUCCGAUUAUCAUUCUCGAACAAGUGGCUGCUGAUUAGCGAGGUUUCGUUCGAAUCAGCUUCCGUCUCCAACAACCUAACCGAAGAUCUCCUAGGGAAAUAUUUCGUUCAACCUGGUGAACCUUCAGCUACAACAUCGCCAAACUCCUCCUCAAACGAAGGCAACAAGCACACGAGAAAAGAAGUUACACCAGCUACAAGCCCAACCAGCAGUGCACAGGCUUACAUCGGCCUCAUCACCGGAGUGUUAGCCAUGGUGGUGCUUCUUUUAGCUUGCACGGUCUUCCUCAUGAUCAGAAGAGGUAGGAAAAAGGUUGCUCUUCUGCACAAGCACACAGCUCUAGUGUCCAGCAGUACCAAACCUGGUGUGACCAUCAAUAUGAAGGAUUUGAAGCAUAAGUCGACGCCUAUUAUAAGCAAUGGAUUGUCACGGUCUAGAUUGUCUGUGAAGAGUAAGUCCAAUACACUUAGUGGUGAAGAAUCUAAGAAGUCGAAGAAAUCCAAGGCUUACAAUGGAGAAGAAUCUGACAGUGAGACUUCUUCGGUCUACCAUGAGCCUUAUAAACUACUGCCGAAUACCAAGACUGAGUAUGGUUGUCUGCUGAAAAAGGAUAUAAUGAAAACGAGCAAAAGCGCUGAUUACACAGAUUAUUCCCGUACAAAUGGUUAUCAACCUGACCAGAAGUUCAGUUCCCCAUCGUUCUAUAAUUUGGCUCCACCGCCACCCCCUCUAUCUAGGCCACCUGCAUACGAGGUCACGAAUUACCAGAAACCCAGCAUCACCCCAAAUGGAGCCAUUCCAACGGAAAACUUCUACGCGGCCACUGAUAUCAUCAAGGGGGAGCGAAGAGAGCAACAUUUCACUCCGGGAAGAUUCACUCCUAUCAAAUUACCGGAGGGGCCCCCUUUGGAAGGAGUUGCUCAUCUGUUGGACUUUCCAAGGCACAGACUCAGAUUAUUAGAGAAGUUGGGCGAAGGUGAAUUCGGAAUGGUCCAUCUCUGCGAAGCUGAAGGUCUACCAGAUUUUAAUGGAGCUUCUUCAUUUCACAAAAAACAACUGGUGAUAGUGAAGAGUUUAUGGAGGGGAUGUGGUGAUUCAAAAAGACACGAAUUCUUAAGAGAGACGAGCUGGUUGGCAGGACUGAGAGAUCCAAACUUGGCAAGAGUUGUAGGCUUCUGCAGUCAAGAAGAACCCAUGUGUGCCCUCAUAGAACACUCUGAACCAGGGGAACUACCGAAAUUCCUAGGACAACGAACAGGAAAUGAAGAUGGUGUUCCAGCAAUAAGCUAUGGUUGUUUGAUUUAUCUGGCAACUCAAAUUGCAUCAGGAAUGAGAUACCUAGAAACUCUAGAUUUAGUACAUCGAGACUUAGCUGCCAGAAACUGCGUUAUCGACAAAUCCUUCACGGUGAAAAUUUCAGACCAUGCUAUGUACUGUGAUAGAUACGAAGGAGACUACUACAUCAGUGAUACCAAAACUAAACUGCCACUUCGUUGGAUGUCCUGGGAAAGCUUGCUUCUGGGCAAACAAACAACUAAGAGUGAUGUAUGGGCGUUCGCUGUUACACUUUGGGAAAUUCUAAUGUUCUGCACCCAACAACCAUACGCCGAGCUGACCAGUGAGCAAGUGGUAGAAAAUUCUAACCAUUGGUAUCAAAACGACGGGUGUCAAAGAUACCUACCAAGGCCAGCUGCAUGUCCUCGGGAAAUCUACGAUCUCAUGGGCGAAUGUUGGAAAAGAAAUGCCUGCGAUCGACCUAAAUUCAGUGAGAUUCAUCUCUUCCUCCAAAGGAAGAAUCUGGGCUUCAUGCCUGGGAACACAUAGAAGAGCAAAAAUCUAACAGUAUUCUAUAUGGACCUAUAACGGUGCAGUUUUAACUGAUAAUUCUUCUUUGUGUUUCUCAAGUGAUAAAUGUUCUUUUUCUAUUAGAUGUUCGACGAGAUUCAAGACUAUAUUUUCCCGACUGUAACCAAAAGUUCUAGAAAAUGACGCGGAAUAGAUACAGCAAACGAAAGAUAGCUAAACAUUGAACUGGGUAAGCUUAUUUCGAACCCUGUUCAAUGAAAAUUAUGUAACUUAAUUUUUUAAGUGAUGUACUGUACCCCACCUCGUGUAUAUAUGUUUUCUCUUUUCCUGAAAUUUUGAAAUUGCUAUUCGCACAAGUCUGCGCCAUCUAUUCUGUCGUUCGAUAAAAUUUAAUCUUGUAAAUACAUGUUGCACAUUCUUGUCGUCUCAUUUUUUGAUACUUAUAAUUACAAAUAAAUGAACUAAUUGUGAUAUUGCAUACCAUAAUGUAUGCUGAGGAACCAUAUCUUCUUGAAAUAACGCGCAAUCGUCAAUGAUCUCGCAAUAUCGAUAACAACAAAAAUACUACUAUAUGUUAAAUGAAAUGGAUGAUACGUUAACUGAAAUUCAUUAGACAGUGUUUUUCACCAAAUAUGUCCAUUUUUCAGAAAAUGUUAGGCAAGGAUCUUUCAUGUGGGCCACUCGGUAUGAUCUUCCAUGUAAGUUCUUUCUAUAGUUCAGAAAAUUUAUCCGUGGACUUUUUCCCAAAUCCAAUCUGAUAUUAGACUGAUAUCAUUGACAAUUUCGCCUAAUAUGUUCUAAUAUAGUUAUAACUCGUUUUGUUGGACGAAAAAUCACAAAUUCAUUAAAAAAAAACAAAACUAGAAUAUAAAAAUACCAGCAUUUCUGAUUUCAUCUUCUACUCGUUUGUGUGUUACAGUUUUUUCAAUUGAUAGACUUUAAAAAUCGAGGAGUUUCAUAAUCGAGAAAUGAAAAUUGUAAAUCGUAGACUAGACUUGAAGCCCUCACUUUGAAUUACGUGCUUCCUCGAAAUGUCGAUUCAAAACAUACAGGUUUAAGAUAGGCACCUCCUCUCUAUAAAUUACAAUUUUAGUUUUCCUCUUGUGUCCUGUUCUUGUACUAUACCUUUUGAAGAUAGUAGAUUUUUCUACUUAAAUGGAUUCACUUACAAUGAAUGAAUUUAAUACCUUUUCGAUAUUAUAAUGUUAUUUGUACAUUCUAGUCAACUAAUUUAGAAUAUCUAGUUGUAAGGUUUGUAAAGUCUAACGGUGUUCAGUGUGAAUGAAGAUUGCUUGGGAUUUCUUGAAUUGCUUCUCAGCUGUUGGGUUACUCACGAUGCACUAAGGAAGACGCUGGUGGAAUUCAAGAACUUUGUUAUUCACAUUUUUCAGUACAUCAAACCAUAAUAUUCAUUUUAUAAACGAAAACUCAACUAAGAAAACUGGAAAAAUCAAA